AUGCGUGUUUCUCAGUGGAUUCCCUUGCUGCCUGCUGUGGCGGCACUCGCGGUGCCAUCAGAUAGCUUGGAGGCCUUCUUCCGCCGUCAGCUGCCCGAUCACCCAACACACGUCAAGACUAUCAAGACGGCUAAUAAUGUCACUAUUCGCUACAAAGAGCCUGGCAAAGAGGGUGUGUGUGAGACUACCCCAGGUGUCAAAUCUUAUGCAGGCUAUGUCGACCUCUCACCCACAGAACACACUUUCUUCUGGUUUUUCGAGGCUCGUCAUGACCCGCAGAAUGCGCCAAUUACAUUGUGGUUGAAUGGUGGACCGGGUAGUGACUCUUUGAUCGGAUUGUUCGAGGAACUGGGUCCUUGUGGUGUCAACAAGAACAAUGAAUCUUAUAUCAACAAGCACUCAUGGAAUGAGGUCUCGAAUAUGCUGUUUCUCUCUCAGCCACUGGGUGUUGGUUUCUCCUAUGCUGAGAAAGCGCCCGGCACCCUGAACCCUAUCACAGGUUCAUAUGAAGAACCCUCCUUUGCAGGCAUCGAUGGUCGCUAUCCAGUCAUCAAUGCCACUGCAAUUGAUACAACUGACCUCGCUGCUAAAGCUACAUGGGAAGUCCUGCAGGGAUUCCUAGGUGGUCUCCCCAAGCUGGACUCGAGAAUCAAAUCAAAGAGCUUUAAUUUGUGGACCGAAAGCUAUGGAGGACAUUAUGGCCCUGCCUUCUUCGAUCACUUCUAUGAAGAGAACCUUAAGAUCGCCAACGGCACUCACGAGGGCAUUCAACUGGACUUUAACACCUUAGGUAUUAUAAACGGUAUCAUCGAUGAAGGUAUCCAAGCCAAGUAUUACCCUGAAUUUGCCGUGCACAACACCUAUGGCAUCAAGGCUGUCAAUGAAACGGUCUACAACUACAUGAAAUUUGCCAAUGAGAUGCCAAACGGCUGCCAGGAUCAAGUCGCAACCUGCAAGUAUACCAACCGCACCUCGCUGUCCGACUAUGCACUUUGCAGCGAAGCAACCAGCAUGUGCCGGGACAAUGUCGAGGGCCCUUAUUACGUCUUCAGCGGCCGAGGCACCUACGACAUCCGCCACCCAAGCGACGACCCAACCCCAGAAAGCUACUACGCAAAUUACCUUGCCAAAGACUCCGUAAUGAACGCCCUAGGCGUCGACGUCAAUUACACGCAGUCCAACAACGAAGUCUACUUCGCCUUCCAACAAGCAGGCGACUUCGUCUGGCCCAACUUCCUCGAAGACCUAGAAGACAUCCUCUCGCGCCCCGUCCGCGUUGCCCUCAUCUACGGCGAUGCAGACUACAUCUGCAACUGGUUCGGUGGUGAGGCCAUCUCUCUAGCGGCAAAAUACAAGCACAGUAAGCAAUUCCAGAAGGCGGGCUAUGCUCCCUUCCUCGUCGAUGGCGUCGAGUAUGGUGAGACGAGGGAGUAUGGUAAUUUCUCCUUUACUCGUGUCUAUGAGGCUGGUCAUGAGGUGCCGUAUUAUCAACCCAAGGCUUCGUUGCAGCUAUUUAAUCGUACGCUGAAUGGGUGGGAAUUGCCCAGGGGAGAUAAGAAGUUGAAGCCCAAUUCUGGCUCGACUGGGCCCAAGUCGGCCACUCACACGCAGUCUUCGGUGCCGUUGCCGACGCCUACAAAGGCUUAA